UGGCGAUCAGUAGGAAUGCUAUUCUUUCACCAGAUUUUUUCCUAGUUGUAGUAGAUAUUGUACAAUUCCUCAGUCAAAGUGUAACCACAGUAGAACAUUCUCCAAUGCUUUCAUAGAUUUUAAUUUGAUGAAGAAUUUGUCUUAUGAUGAUGAUGGCUUGGGAUGUUCGAGUUUUUGGACUACUUUCUGCUGCUGUUUUGCUUGCCUUCAUGCCCUCACAAAUUCACUGUGCUGAGCUGGGUUUGGAGUUCAUUCAGCAUCCAGUGAAACAAUGCCUUGGGAUUCCUGGCUCCAUAGUGGCUCUAUCAUGUGCAGUAAACCUACCAGUGGAUGAUAUACAGUGGCACUUGAAUCACCAUGCCAUCCCCAGUGAAGAUAUCAUUCUUGCUGAACAUGCAGAGAUUACCAAACUUAUUGAAGGGCUCUCAAGUAAUGGGUCUAGACACUGUAUAAUUGAUGCCACCGAGAUUUCAUUAGGUAAUGCAGCUGAAGAAGAAAAUGCAGCUUCUGAAAGAACAAAUCUCAAAAAUAAAUAUAUGAUGGGCAUUGUGAAUGAUAUAAGCUACCUUCUGGUUUUCCUUUCUGAAAAUAUUUCACAAUAUGCUCAUCAAGAAGGGAUUUACCAGUGCGUGGCUUCUCUAGGAACCAUCAGCUUUGUAUCUUCACCAAGUAGACUGGAAGUGGCCAAAAUUGCGGAAUGUCCUGGAGUGUUGUCACAAACCAUUGUAACUGCCGUGGAUAGUUCAGUACGAAUUCCCUGUGGACAGCCUGAAUCAACUCCUCCUGCUACUAUAACCUUCACUAAAAAUGGUGCUCCUCUCGAGGCAGAUGCAGAGCGAUCUUUUAUCGUGACUGCUGAAGGUGACUUGCUUCUAUUCUCCGUAUCUGCUGACCAGUCCGGAGAUUAUCGCUGUAGCGUCACUAAUUCUGAGCUCAAGAUCACGCGAAUAUGUCCUGCUGUCUACAAGCUUCAUGUUGUUCCCGUUGAUGAAGCUGACAGACCAUUGCAGCUCAUCAGCCCCAAGCCUGGCCUUGUUCUUGUGACGGAAGGUGACAAUGUUGAGCUGCACUGCAUCACAAGUCUCGGUCUCAAAAAGUCUGUUACUUGGUGGACAAGAUCUCUUCUUUCAUCAAAGCCGCAGUUUGAUGCUGAACUUGGGACCGAAAAGCCUGCAGAUAUUUCUGAGGACAGUCAUUUGUUGCGUGUCAAUGAAGAUCUACCUGACACAAUGGGUCUGAGCAAUAUUACUGGGGACAGUCUUCUGCAUCUUCAGCACGUCACAUCUCGGCACUCUGGACGUUAUACAUGCCACGCUGAAUCUCGUGCACCGCUUACUGUUGAGGUCCAGCUUUAUGUGCAAGCUGCCCCGCGGGUGGUGGCAGGGCUGCGGUCUAUGGCGGUCGGUGAAGGGGAGGAACUUCGUGCGACGUGCGCCAUGACAGGGCAACCCGCACCGCAGCUCAGCUGGUUCAGCAAUGGCCGGCUACUGCAGCCUGGCCCUGGUCGCCUUAUUCUGCCUCAUGGGGAAUUGAUUCUGCACUCGGUGAGCAAACAAGACGCUGGUGUGUUGCAGUGCUUUGGCCACAAUGCAGUUGGCAGCGCCUCGUCACAUGCCCUGCUGACCGUCACCCCUGCUACGGUGCUCACGCUUCACAAGAUCUCAAGCAAUUCCGAGGAAAGCAAGAAAAGGAUGCCUGACGAACAAAACGAUGCGGUACCGCCAUCACGUCCUACCGUCACUAGAGUCGCCGACGACACCGUCAGACUAGACUGGGAAAGAUCUCCCUCUGCUGUACGCUUCUACAAGAUACAGUAUCGCAUCGUAGAUGAAGCUGUGCCUGAACAAGCUUCGGCGCCUCUAGGGCCUCAGAAUCCGUGGGAGCCGCGCGGACACGAACGCCGUCGUUGGCGUACCGACGACGUGAACAUCGCACAUGACCGCAACUCGUGGCUCUUGUCGGGUCUCACGCCCAACACGACCUACAAGUUCCGCGUGGCUGCGGUGUUCGCGAACGACAAGCAGCGUGUGAGCAGCAGCUCCAAGCGCUUCCUUCUACAGCAUCAGCAGCCGCUGCUGCCUCCUGACGGACAGCCGGACAUUACCGACGCGCGGUGGGUGACAGACGCAGUAGAACGGCAGGCUGAAGUGUUGUGGCGCUACAGUGGCAGCCGUGCCACUCCAGUCGACGGUUUCUACAUUUUAUCGCGACCUGCGAAAUCAUCUGAAGCAUUCGUUAAGCGGCAGUUCCUGGGAGGAGAUCGGAGGUCUAUCGUACUCACUGACCUCCACCUUAGCGACGACUCACACGGCGUAGAGUUGAGAGUGCAGGCCUUCAAUCUGGCGGGCUCGUCGCUCCCUUCACCGCCCAAAAUUCUGCUCCCAAACUACCGCUCACAUGAAAAAGAGGCGCAAGCUGCAGCAUCCGGCCCUGCGGUUGAGCCUCAACAAGGUCCUCCAAAUUCAGACGGGCACUUGUGGUGGACACACGACAAGAUGGAAGAGAACCGUAGGGGUCAGGAUAGCGAUGAAGUUGAUAACAGUGAUGAACAAGGUGUCGGUACUGACGCCCCAACUGACGAGGAGCGUGACAAAAAGAUGGCGGCGACUUGGGCGAAAACCAGUCAGAUUGGGGUGAUGUUGUUCUCUGGGAUGUUUGUGAUGGUCGCGGUCGGCCUUGCGUACGGGCUUUGGGUGCAGCGAGAUAGGACGACAAGGCGCUCUUGCUUCAAACGAUUCUUGGACACAUUUCGUGAAUACGAAGUACCAGAGCCGCCUCCUCCGAUCGUCGACAGCCUGCCCCUGCCCCUGACCGCCCUGCCCCCAGUGUCCAUGCUUCUUCCUGCGCUCAAGGCUACUUACAGCAAUGGCCAAGCAAAAGAUGCAUCAACGCGGGUUUCACUUACACAGCCCGACUGACGACAGCGAGCUGGUAAUCUACAGUGAGCGGUUUUUUGUUCAAUCAACUGAAAGCUGAAUUGAUUCCGACCUAAAUGCAUCCAAUAGUAUUUACUUGUUUAACCCAAGCCCCGAAACUUGUCAAUUCAAUGCUUGCCCUUUUAUGAUCGACGAUGGAAUGGAACGAAAUUAGAACGUGCACUUUAUAGUUGGUUGAACGUAAUUCUGUUGGAAUUGUAUUUGUUUUAAAUCCUUCCCCGAACUUGUUCAAUAGGCUCUGUAUUCUGAUCCAAUGUAGCUAAAGCUAUUACAUCUAUCAAUUGCUUUCUCAACUUGUACUUGUGAUUUCAAACUAAUUGCCUUCAUGGUGAAACACAUACGAUCUUAUUUCUUUUUAUUAACAUUCUAGGUAAAAUCUUUCCAGUAUAUAUGAUUCCAUCGCUGUUAUUAGACAAUGUCUUAGCUUCAGGUAGAUAAAUUUAAGAAUUAUAUAAGACAUCUUGAAAAUAUUACUGUGAGGGGAAGCACUCGAUUUGAUUAUAAUAUCGAAUUAGCACAAAAAUAUCGUCAAUUUCAACAUACAAGACUCCAGUUUAAGUUAGUUUUAUUUCAUUUAAAUUAGUUUUAUUUGAUUUAAGUUAGUGUAUCUCGUCAACGUGAAGUGUGUUCAAAAUAAUUUUACCAUUUGCUCUCUUUGUCAGUUUCUCUUUGCCCCGUGUUCGGUUCAUCAAGAUGUGUAUUGUGAUUUUUUCCUUUUGCAACCGUGCAGCUCUGUGUAAUUUAACCAGUGUGACAAAACUUGAGCGCCACAACGUUUACGGUGCUUUAAUUUUAAUCUAACAACAAAAAUACAGAUUUCUGCUUAGUGAUAAUCAACGGAUUGCGUACGCUUUAGCAUAAGUUUUUAGUUAGGCAAUGUUCUUAUAGGCUGAUAACUAAUGUAAACACUGCUGCUGUUUAUUCUGUAUGUCUUGGUGCUAUUUUAUGUCUCCUCUCGUUCCUGUGGUCAGGGUGGUGUUUUUGUCCCAAACCUUGAAACGUUUGCUGUAACUCAUGUCUUUCAACUUACUUCAAUUCUAAUCUUGUGCAGUUCAUAUUUUGCUCUCUACAGUUCAUUAGCGGAAUUAGUGACAGGCGGUUCUUUUUCUCUCUUAGAUACUUCCGCAAUUGUUGUUCAUUCAACAUAAUUUCUUCCCAUUCCUAGUGAUGCUAACUCUUCAAUAACUGCAAAAUGCGACGGUGCUCAGUGAAUCUACUUUUAAUUGCUUACUUAAGAUUAAUAUUUACUGCCAAAUGGAGUCGUAAUAAUAUUUUACGGGCAUUAUAAUAGAAGAGUAAGAAUUAGAAUAUAACGCUAGAGACAAUAGAUUAGCCAUAUGGCGGUACAAGUCAUAAAAUAGCAUAUUUUUCACAGAAAUGAAUUUUUUUCAAGCGAGUUUUUGAUGUAAGUCAACAUGAUCAAUCCCUUUUCAAUAAACUAUAUAUUGAU